CAGAGGAGAGAGAAAGAGAGAGUGAUUAUAAUAAUACUGUUUCAUUUCUGUAUUGUUUGGGUUGAAACUUGAAGCCCCUUCUCUCUCUGUUCUGGCCAUCACCAUCAUUGUCCAUCUGCACAGCUUUACUUACUACUUCCAGUCCAUGUCUGUCUCUUUACCCACUUUCUCUUCUUGAUCCCUCUCAUUUCUCCUUUGUUCAUGUCUUUUGCCUUCUGGGUCUGGUCCAAAAUUGUCAACAAAGUGUUUUUCAAUAUCAAAAAUCAAAGCUUUUGCUCUGUGAUCUCUGUUUUUCUCCUCUCUUCUCAUCUGGGUCUUUGAGACUGUUGCUCGAAAAUGACGGUGGAGGAAAGAAAAGGUGGUCUGGCUGGCGAAGAUGGAGUUAAGGACCCGUUUCCGGUGGGUAUGCGCGUGCUUGCCGUCGACGACGAUCCGACUUGUCUGAUGCUCUUGGAUGGCCUGCUUCGUCGAUGCCAGUAUCAGGUUACAACAACCAACCAGGCGAUCACAGCAUUGAAGAUGCUGAGGGAAAACAAGAACAACUUUGACCUGGUUAUCAGUGAUGUUAGUAUGCCAGACAUGGAUGGUUUUAAACUCCUCGAGCUUGUGGGGCUUGAAAUGGACCUACCUGUCAUCAUGUUGUCCUCGCAUAGUGACCCCAAACUAGUAAUGAGGGGGAUUACUCAUGGUGCUUGUGACUAUUUGUUGAAACCUGUUCGAAUUGAGGAGCUCAAGAACAUAUGGCAACAUGUAAUCAGGAGAAAGAAGAUCGACUCCAAGGACCAAAACAAGUCUGCAGAUCAGGACAACGCCCUACAUGCAGAUGGAGAAGGUGGAGAAGGCCCCCCAUCAUCCAGCAAUGCGGAUCAGAAUGGAAAACUAAAUAGAAAGCGGAAGGACCAAAAUGAGGAUGAGGAGGAAGAGGGUGAAGAGAAUGGAGAAGAGAAUGAGGAUCCAUCAUCCCAAAAGAAACCUAGGGUUGUUUGGUCCGUGGAACUGCACAGGAAGUUUGUUGCAGCUGUUAAUCAAUUGGGCAUUGAAAAGGCUGUUCCUAAGAGAAUUCUUGACCUGAUGAAUGUUGAAGGACUUACAAGGGAAAAUGUGGCUAGCCAUCUGCAGAAAUAUAGGCUUUAUCUGAAAAGGAUCAGUUGUGUGGCAACCCAGCAAGCUAACAUGGUUGCUGCAUUUGGAGCUAAAGAUUCCUCUUAUAUGCGCAUGGGUUCGCUGGAUGGAUUUGGUGAUUUUCGUGGCUUGGCUGGACCAGGAAGGCUUAACAGCACUGCUAUGUCAUCAUAUCCACCAAGUGGGAUGCUUGGUAGGUUGAAUUCCCCUGCUGGUUUGAGCCUACGUGGACUUACUUCUUCUGGACUGAUUCAAACAGGCCAUGCCCAAAACUCAAGCAACUCUGUUAAUACUCAUGGGAAGCUUCAACCGGUUGUUUUACCGACAAACCAAAGUGCAAGUUUGUUUCAAGGGAUUCCAACGUCAUUGGAGCUAGACCAGUUGCAACAGAGAAAAUGCAUUAGUACCCAGAUAGGAGAGUUCAGUUCUGUUGAUAACACAACAGUUUUCACAACUGCCAAUGGCUUCCCUGAUAGCAGAAUGACUGUUCAUAGCUCAAGCAACUCUUUAUCCAAUGCCCCAAGCAACCCUUUGAUGUUACAAUCUAAUCCACAACAAACACUAUGUAGGGGAGGGUUAGCAAAUCAAUCUUCCCUGAAAGCGGUUACUUUGAAUCCAGAACCUUAUACAAUGGGCGUCAGUGGUUCAUCUAAUUUUCUGGAUCAUGGUAGAUGUAAUGAAAACUGGCAGAGUGCACUUCAAUUGUCGAAGUUUCCAUCAAAUUCUUUGCCAUUGAGUGAACCACUCAAUCGCGAUCCGUUGACUACUAAUAACCUUAGAGAGCAUAUUUCUUCAACUGGCUCUCAUAUUCGACGUAGCCCAAUUGAUUUUUCUGCCACUAGUGCACUUGCAGGACCUCUUGAGGACUCAAGAGGAGAAAUGCCAUGCCAAUCAGGGUUGAUUGGUAAUGUGGUUCAGAAUAUUAACUAUGCACCAAAGCAAAGGUGGGAAGAACAGAAACAAGAUUACACCCAGAGCUCAAAUCAUGUUUUUGGCACAUUAAACUCUAUCAUUCCCGCCAACAAUGUUAUGGGUCCCUUAAACCACAGUUUGGACCGAAAUAACGCAGCAUGCAAUAGAAAGAUGGAUAUGCCUUUGAUCAGUCAAUCAAAUGCUAGCUCUUCAUCUCUUGUGCAGCACAGCGAGGUUGAGAAAUCAGCUAUGGACACAAAGAUGGUGUCAAAUGAAGACUACCUCUUGGAACAAACAAAGUCACAGGAUGGCUUGAUUCAUAAUAGUUACGAGUCCUUGGAUGAUCUAAUGAGUGCAAUGAUAAAACGGGAACAUGAUGAGACUAUGUUAAUGAAUGGAGAGUUCGGAUUUGAUGCAUACUCCCUUGGACCAUGUAUAUGAGGCUUUAUGAAUCACCCAUUCCUAGAGAAGAAAAGAGCCACAGCAAUAGGAGUCUAUUACAUGCGGAGUUGUAUUACCUUGUAAUUUCUCUCUUUUUCUUUCCUUUUCUUUUAAUUUCAUUUAUGUAUUCUCCUCUCAUUAUCUAUUGUUAUUCUCUGUUACUGAAUUUUUUUUUAAUCUUUGUAGUUGCUAACAGCAUGCUUGUUUCUUUUCAUUUUUUUUCCCAUUCAUCUUCUUUCCAAUUGAUGGAGCAAUGCCAUAAAAGUUUCUCCAUCUCUCUAGCAUUUUCUUUUUAUUUAAUUUUCAGUCACUGGGGAGCUAGGAAUAUUAAAGCAGCACUUGGGUGCCCAUGACUAUAGCCUGGCAUUGUAUGAACAGCUGGCACGCAGCCUGGAGGGAUUCUCUGGAUGUGCUGAAAGAGUUUUAUGAUCAUUUCUUUCUACAUUCAGGAAAGACUGUUAAUUGUAUGCUCAUUGCCUCUUUCUGGGGGAUAGCAGGCCAAAUCUCUGUUCUCUAACAUUAGUUGUCCAAGCAUUGGCCUCUAUUUUAGAAGGGUGCGGAUGGCAUGCUGCAGCUUGGUGUCAAACCUGUCUUGCACCCCCAAAACCCACCUAGUAAAAGCUCCUAAAAUGCUGUUUAUCACCCUUCAUGGUAUGAUUUGGUUCAGUCGCGGAGAUGAAAUUUAUAUUGAGCGGUUGUGUUCAUGUUGUGU